UGUGGAACGGCGAAGGCGCGCUGCCGGCUGCUGUCAGCUUUAGUCUGCACUCAGCAGCGUCUGCACGCACACCGCCAGCCGCCGCGCCGCCAGAACCUGCGGGCAGAUACCGGCAGCUUAUUGGUCGAGGCACAUAAAUCAGCCAUGCCGAGAGGAGAUGGAGCGAAACAGGUGACGCCACCGUCUUGGCUGGACAAGGCCUUUGUCGCCGACGCCCUGAAAGCCUCUGACCCAGCAACCGAUGAAUCCAGCGUACAGAUCGUCUCUGUGGCGGAGGUGUGUGGCGGCUACCUGAGCGAAACCUUCAGGGUUGUCUCGCGGAACACCGUGACUGGGGCGACCCAGAGAGAUAAGACCACGUCGCUGAUUGUGAAGAUCGCGCCGAACUCCGACGGUCUCCUCAAGGACGUAAUCGAAAGUGGAGUGUUCACCAAGGAGAAGAUCGCCUACAGCAGCUUCCUCCCGGCCGUGGAGGCUGCUCUCAGAGCGGUUGACCUUGACGAGUGGCAGCCUGUGUGGCCCAAGUUUUAUUAUCAGGGCUCGACGCCGAGCGACUUUCUGGUGAUUGAAGACCUGGACGCUUCCGGGUUCCGUAAGGUGGACGAGGCCGUCUCUUUGGAUCUGGAGCAGUGUACGGUCGCAGUGCGAGGUCUAGCCCGCCUGCACGCCGCCUCCGUCGCCUUGCUGGACGACGAGCAGUAUGCAGACGGUCUAUUCCACCAGUCGCUCAUCUUCAACGAAAAGAUGCUCGAGAGCUACGAGUCCUCAAUGGCGGACGGAUUUGGUAAAAUGCUAAAGAUCUUCGAAGAAUACGCUUGGUUUCACAAGUACAAGGGCAAGCUGAGCGAUUUCGGGCUUCCUCUGCUGCGCACGACAGUGGAUGUGGUGACAAAGUCGAAAGUAGAUUUCAGAGUUAUGCUACAUGGCGACUUCCACAGGAACAACAUGAUGUUUCGCAGGGACGGGGAAAGUCUACAGGUUCGCGUCUUCGAUUUUCAGGGUAUGUACGUGGGGUGUCCGGCGGUGGAGCUGCAGUACUUCCUGCACACGAGCGCCAGCCUGGAAGUGCUGCGCGACCACGUGGACCAGCUGCUGGCAGAGUACCACGUGGAGCUGCAGCGCGUGCUGCGGGCCCUGGGGCGCCUCCAGCAGGCGGACGCCUACCCACUGGACAGCCUGCGCCGCGACUUUGACCGCUUCGGCAUGGUCGGCGUCUACGUCACCUUCCACAUCUUGCCGCUCAUCCUCGACACCCACAUGGCGGGGCAGAUGGCCGACAUGACACUGGAAACUUUCCAAGAGCAAGCGGACGAUUUUUGUCAGAAGCACUGCAGAAAUGAAAGGUUCCUACGUUACGUCGAGUACCUGAUCCCCCAUUUUGACUCCAAAGGGUUGUUUGAAGUAAAGAUAGAAUAAAUCAUAUGCAGUUGAACGCUCUUGACGUAAAAAUUUUAUGUAAAACGAAGAAGGAGUGGGAUAUGACAGUUUAAUGUUCGGCCGACGACGUAGUCAUGAGCUCGAAUUGGGCAACUGACUAAACAUUUGAAUAUGGGUGGCAGGACAUGUGGUUGAACCGGUGUCGUCGUCCCGAAUGCGAGUCCAGUGCGUUUAUAGCUGUUCCAUGUCUGUCGGUAUGUAGGAGGAGGCCGAACUUGGUUCUAGCCGGUCUUGGGAUUGACAAUCAGUGUCUGUGUCAGCACUAAAGCCGACCCAAACACUCACGCCGCUGCUCUUCCUCUAACUGAGCAAAGAGGCUCAGUGAGAUCGCAGUAAUAUCGAUUCGAUUCGAGCUCCCUUCCGACCAUCUAGAUGGAAACUUUUCGCGGUUUUCCAACAUCACAUAAAGGCAAAUUCCGGUACUGUUCCUUGAAAAAAGACACGCACGAUUUCCUUGCCCCAUCAUCUUCCAGUCUCAGGUCCCGUAUCUAACCUUCCUUCCUUCCUUACUUCCCUUUUCCUCCAGGCACAGCCUGUACUCUAUCUCUGAUCAUCUCGCCAUCGAUACAACGUUAAUCACAAGCUUCCUGCCUUCUUUCUUGCUAUUCUUACCGAAACACAGUUGUUCGUAGACCCUCUGAAUGUGGUUCUUAUCUAAGGAGUAGACAAUGACUUGUCGGCUAUAUUUGGACAUAUAUUUCAAAAUAUCGUUAACCACAAUUUCUCUAAAAACAGUCAGCCUGUAGUUGACCUGUCAACAUGAACACAUGCCGGUCACUGGCAAAUGACUGACCUCUCGUGACAUUUUGAUGUGUAUUUAUAUACGCCGUCGCACCGUGGAGUGAUUCACUGCCACAAUUUUAGUUCUGAUUAUUGAAAUUUUGGUUCCUUAAGUAACCAUCGUCCUAGCGCAUGAUGCUGUUUACUUUAACGUCAAUAGUAACAAUUGCACUUUGAUCGUGCACUAACGGAUGCAGUCCAGCGUCCCACCAUCUCUGCAUCUGAGCGUCGCCUUCUUGGGAGGAACAAUCUUCGAUUACCGCAGAGCGCCAAAGACGCACGACUUUCAGGUUAGCAGAAAUUAUAGAUAAGCUGUUGUUUCGACGAGAGAACUUUCAAUGGACAGUUGAGUGAAGAAUAUUAAAUCACUGACAUGAGCGUUAAGAUUUCAUUAAAAUCUUCCAGUUUCUAUUAUUCGUGCGACUGUUACAUAUGAGAGAGAGAGAGAGAGAGAGAGAGAGAGAGA